AACCUAAAAAAUUUCACAUGAUGUUAUGAAGUUAUGAAAUAUUUUUAAAUUUUAUUUUAUUCUAUAUUUUGCAAUGAAGCUUGAAUCGAAACGUAUUUUCAUAAGUGAUUUACCAGAAACAGCUACUCAGGAAGAAUUACAAAAUGCAUUCAGAGAUUAUGGAAAUGUUAAAUCCAUUGAAAUCAAAGAGCGAAAAGAACUGGGACCAAAGAACAGCUCCUUAUUCUUUUCCUAUGUUAAUUUGGAAACAGAUGAUAGACAACUACAGAAAUGUUUCCAGGAUUUUGAAAAUGGAAAGCUACAUGGAGAGUAUCUCACAUUACAAGUAGCCAGAGAAAGUUUCUUAGAUCGUUUGAAGAGAGAAAGAGAAGCUAAUUCUGGUGGAACAAAAACAAUUAAUUCAAGUAAACCUGUAGAAGUACUGCAGCAACCUGUGCUUACAAGAAAUCAAGUAAAUGGAGCUAAAAUAGUUAGAAAGUCAUCUUCAGAAAGUAGUUCAUCAUCUGAGGAUGAUGAACUGCAGAAAAAGUCAAUAGCUGAAAAUAAAUCUCUUAAGAUUUCAAAAGAAGAGGUCAAAUUUGAAGAAAGUGAAGAAAGGAUUGAUAUCAUAAUUAAAAAUAACAAAGGGAAGUUUCAAGAUAGAAAUGCCCUAAAAAUUGAAUCUGUUGGGAAUGAACCCAUAAUAAGAAUUGACCUAUCAAAAAAAAAAGUAACUAACUCUAACUCAGAGGCAAAUCUAAAAAGAUUGGAGUCCCUCAAGAAUCUGAAGAAGGGUUAUAGAAAUCAAAAAUCAUUGAUACAAGCAGCUUUAUCAAAUGUAGAUAAUAAAGCCAGCAACAAAAUUAUUUUCCAUGAUGAUAAUAAAGAAAAAUCUUCAACAAGACUGAAUGAGAAUAAUACAAAUUUAAAUAAUGAUCUAUUUGAUGGGAAUGACUCAGGGGAUGAUUAUGAAGCAAAUUUUGAUGUUCGUGAAGAAUUUCAAACUGAAGAGGGUCAAAAGUUAUUGCAGCUUGAAUCUAGGUAUAAAAAUGACAAAAGAUUUGCAUUAGAUUCAAGAUUUUUGAAUGAGCAAGAAGAAACUGAAAGACAGGUUGAUGGGGAAGAUGAUGAAAUAACAUUGGAAGAAGAGAAAAAGAAAGAAUAUGAAAUACUGGAACAAGUUUUAGGAAAGAAAAUAAAUCCAAAGCCAAAACUUAUUGAAAAAGAUGGCCAAAGAAAAACUAUGUUGAGAUUUGAUCCAACUCAACCAGAACAUUCUAAAUAUGAAAUCCCAAAACCAGAAAAAAAGGAAAAAAGAAAACGAAAAAAUUCUGAAAAUGACAUCUUGAAUGAAAAAAAGCAAGAAGAAAAAGAUAUGCCAGAAGUUUCCAAAGAAGUAUUCUAUAAAGUAACAAAUGAUUUGAAAGAGACAUUAGAGGAAAAGAAGGAAUUUAGUUUGCUGAGUAUGUUUGGUCACACAGAAGAAACUGAAAAGGAAAAACAGCCACCAGAGGCAACAAAAAUACUUAGUAACAACUUUGCAUCUGAAAAAAACCCAUUCAGAUAUGACUCAUCAGAUGAUGAAGAUGAAAAAGAGGAUGUUCCUGAUAAAAAUGACAUGAAUCAGAUAGAAACUGCAGAAACUGCACAAUCAUCAAAAAAUAAUAGAGUUAUUUCUUGGACUGAUCCAUUUUUCUUUAGAAAUGAUGACUACAGACUACAAGAGGGAUUCGAUUUUGUGGAAAAAAUGAAACUGGAGGAGAAAACAGAGUUCUCAAAAUUAAGAAGGCAUCUCAAGGAAAUUGUUAAAGCAAAGGUUAGGAAUAAUCAGAAAAAGAAACAACCAUUUAAAAAGAAGUUGGGUGGCAGUAAAAGGAAAAAAGUUAUGAGAUUGAAGAAAGCUAUGAAAAGAUGAUUUUAUGCAUGUAUGGGUGAUAAUUAUUUUUGAUUGAUUCCAUGUCAGGGUUAAUAGUAUGUAUACAAUAUAGUCUUUUAUAU